UAACAGGUCCCUUGAUGAAUCGGAUUACAUAAGUUUAACAGAGGAGUUUGAAAUGGAAGAUGCAUUUGACUCGAAAGAUGAAUAUGACGUGCAGGAUGACACUGGAAUUUGGGAUCAAUUUGGUAGUGACGAUGAAGCCAACUACAGCUUUGCAGCUGACUCUAGCAUGGAAGACACGGGGGAGGACUUUGAGGAUGGCGUUAGCAUUGCAGCUGGCAUGGAAAAUAAAACCAACUUUCAGGAUGGAACUGGCACGAGUUAUGAUGCCAACCAUAUGACUGAUGAUAUGGUGGAAGAUCCAGCGGCUGGCUAUAGUGAAGAUGAAGCAACUGUUGCGAUUGAUAAUGGCUUGGAUUAUGAAGCACAGAGAGCUGCCUUAUCACUCCAUUCAUCUAUGGAAACUGCAUAUUAUGUUGACGGUCCCAGCACCGAUCCAGAAACUGUUGAUGAUUUAGGUCUUUUUCAAAGACCAUAUGGCUAUAUAACUGAGAAUUUUAACAAAGAGCCUGAGGUGAUUACUUUGAAAAGAGGGUCAGUGUACUCUACCCUCUCACCCUUUUAUAAACAAAAUCAUUCUAUUCGUCAAGCUUUCAUCAAAUUUGACAAUGAGACUGGAGUUGGAUUUGGACCAAAAAAAGAAGCCCUCAGAUUGUUUCACGAGGAAGAGAAAGAUAUGCUUUAUGAAGGGUACACGGAAAUGAUACCAAGAACAUAUGGCGAAUCAUCCAAUGUUUUAGGCCGAGCUUUGUAUGACACCUUUAAGUUUACCGGUGGAUUUCCAUUAUUUAUUUCUAAACCUUUUAUUUUUAAAUUACUAACUGGUAAAAAUAUUAAAACAUAUGAUGAAGAGUGUCUUAUUAAAUCCUAUAUAAAUUUUUCAUCAAUGAGUAAUGAUGAUAAGUUAAUCCUAUUAUCAGCAGUAAAUAAUGGUGUGCAAAGCAUGUCAAGUGAAAAUAAAACAAAAUUCUUUGAGGCUAUCAGUCGCGAAAAAGAUAUAAAAAUAGCUCAAAAUAUUGGGCCAGAUUACUUCAAUCAAUGUGUAGAUGAAACUAACUGGCGUCAAGUUGUCACUGACUUGGCUUGUUUAGACAUAAUUGAAAAACCUGCAUGUGUAAGUGUUGCCCAAGAAUUCCAACUCUGUAUGGGUGAAUGUGAAUUUUAUUCUGUAAAUGAGGCAAAAGAUUUCAUUAACAAAAUGAAUCCUAAACCUCAAUCUAUCAUAGAUAUGAUUGAAACACCUUUAGAAUUAACAGAUGAUAUGAAAAAAGUUAUUGGAUAUCUGUAUAGAUUCAUUAUUUCUCGCUGCGAUAACCCUAAGAUGGCAGAACAAUUCCUGAUUUAUUUUACUGCAUCAACUAAUCUGCCACUUACAAAAAUCAGAAUUGAUUUCCAUGUGGAAGUAGUCACUGCAUGUACUUGUGCUGACAUGAUACAGCUUCCAACAACUUAUGAAUCCUACAAGGAUUUUGAAAAUGAAAUGAUAACUCUGAUAAAUGAUGACUUCUCCACAUUUACUUGUAUUUAGUUGUGUAGUCAGCAAGUUGUAACUACCAUGGUUUAUCGCAUGUUUG